AUGGAAGAUUUUGCAUCAUUCAUUGAUAUAAUGAAGGUAGUUGACCUUCCAACCGUAGGAAUUCAAUUCACUUGGUUCAGUUCAGAUGGGAAAGCAAAAAGCAUGCUAGAUCUAUUUCUUGUGUAUGAAGGCAUCAUUGAUUCUUGGAAACUUGUUGCUCAAGAAAUUGAUAGUAGGAAUGUCUCAAAUCACUGCUCAAUAUAG